AUGGCAACACUCAAGGAUCAGCUGAUUGUGAAUAUUCUUAAGGAAGACCAAAACCCCCAGAAUAAGAUCACAUUUGUUGGGGUUGAUGCUGUUGGCAUGGCUUGUGUCAUCAGUAUCUUAAUGAAGGACUUGGCAGAUGAACUUGCUCUCAUUGAUGUCAUGGAAGACAGAUUAAAGGGAGAGAUGAUGGAUCUCCAAUAUGGCAGCCUUUUCCUUAAAACACCAAAAAUUGUCUCUAGCAAAGACUUGGAUAUCUGGACCUACAUGUCUUGGAAGAUAAGCGGCUUUCCCAAAAACCGUGUUAUUGGAAGUGGUUGCAAUCUGGAUUUAGCCUGGUUCUGUUACCUAAUGGGGGAGAGGCUGGGAGUUCACCCAUUAAGCUGUUAUGGGUGGGUCCUUGGGGAGCAUGGAGACUCUAGUGUGCCUGUAUGGAGUGGAGUGAAUGUUGCUGGUUUCACCCUAAAGACCCUGCACCGUGAAUUAGGCACUGAUGCAGAUAAGAAACAAUGGAAACAAGUUCACAAACAGGUGGUUGACAGUGCUUAUGAGGUGAUCAAACUGAAAGGCUACACGUCCUGGGUCAUUGGACUGUCUGUGGCAGAUUUAGCAGAAAGUAUGAUGAAGAAUCUUAGGUGGGUGCAUCCAAUUUCCACCAUGAUUAAGGGUCUCUAUGGAAUAAAAGAAGAUGUCUUCUUUAACGUUCCUUGUAUCUUGAGGCAGAGUAGAAUCUUGGAUGUCAUGAAAGUGGCUUUGACAGCUGAGGAAGAGGCCUGUUUGAAGAAGAGUGCAGAUACACUUUGGGGGAUCCAGAAAGAACUGUAA